AUAUAGAUAGAUUACACAGAUAAACAGAUAGAUAGACAGAUAGGUAGAUAAAUAGAUAUAUCUGUAGAAGGAAAUAGAAAUAAAGCUACAGAGAAAGAGAAAGAUUAGGAGACACAGAAGUUACGACAGAUAGAUCAAAUGAAAAGGAAGAAGGGGUUUUAGGAUAGAAACGGAGCUUGUUGCUAGUUAGACAGGAAACUCAAGAAGGAUAGGAUGGUGUUUUUAAAAAGUGCCGUGUCAUAAUCGUCUAUUUGAAAUUAGGAUAUAUAGUUUGAUUACAAAUUUUGAUAUUAAAAAAAAAACGAGUUUGUGUUAUCAAAUAAGUUUAUCCGAUGAUCGUAAUAACGUAUUAAAAAUUUUCGAUGAUAUUGAAAUUAAAAUUUUUCCCUACGAUCGUUAGAGAUCUUUCUUUUUUUUCUUUUGGUUUUCUUAUCGAUUGACAGAAAUUUUUUUCUUUUUCGUUUUUUCUUGUCGUUUUUUUUUUUUUUUUUUUUGGAAGAUAUUGAAAGAUAUCGUUGAUCCAUCGGAAGGUAAUGAGUGACGUUAAGAAUAAUGAAGAAAUCGAUGUUAUCACCUAAUAUCCUUGCAUUCUCUUGUUUCAUACUUUUUGAAUAUCUAAUAAAAAGUGUGACCUUGGAAUCUUCCAUCUUGAAGAUCGACGAGAAGUUCGGAAAAAAAGUGAGAAGUUCACCAUUGCAUAUGUACUUGCUUACUCAGAAAGAUUAUAUUCAGUUUCUCAGAUGGGAAUUGCCAGUGCCAAAUAUCGAAGAAUUUACUUUUUGUUUAUGGUUGCGUUCCGACAACUUUACGCAUCCACAUUCAAUUUUUUCUUACUCCAAAAAUGAGAAAGAUCGAUUGAUUCGAGCUUGGAUAUCUGCAAAGGGCCGGAGAGUACAUUUAGAAAUCGGUGGUAUCAAAGUUUUCGAGGAAACUAUUAUUUUUAAAGAAAACCGAUGGUAUCACAUAUGCCAAAGUUGGGAAAAUCGAUUAGGUCGAUUUGCAUUGUGGUUAAAUGGACGAAUCAAGGUACAAGGUUAUUCGGAAAAGACAGUGAAUCACGUUGUACCAGAAGGAGGCGACAUAGUACUAGGACAAGAGUACACAGAUUUUGACAAAGGAUUGGAAGAGGGUAUCGAAGGAUCGAUAUUUGGUUUUAAUCUUCUCUUAAAAUCAGCAUUCGACGAUGAAUCUCCGAUUAUAUCGAUCGACCAUACGUCAUCGAUCCAAACGAGUUCUUUUUACGAUAAUCAUUAUCUACCAAGGACGAUUUUCAAAAUUUCAAAAGAUUAUCACGAGGAAGAAGAUUCGAGAUUAUUGUCAAUAACCGAUCAUAGAAAAAAACUAGUACGACUAAUUAACACGGCAAAUAGAUCUUCACCAUUGGGACAAGAAUUGGUGAAACUUUCUUACGUACGUUGUGAAUUGGGUAAAGGCAGUCCGCAUAUAGGUGGUUCACUUAUGCUAAUAUCAUGGAGUAGAACACCGGUACGUAUAUUUGGCGGUGCGAUCCUGAAGAAUGCCAGAAAGAAUUGCGGUAAUUUCUAAAAAUAGUAAGAGUCUAGAACUCUCCCUUUCACUACAUCGCUCAAUCCCUUCUUUCUUCAAUUUCCUCCACCUCGACUAUUUUACUCCGAGCUAAUAAACCUUAGACAGACAUUUACCAAUUUAGGAAUAGGUAAUACCGGAUAGGCAACAUUUCGCAAGAAACGAUGUCUUUCUCUUUCUCUCUCUCUCUCUCUGUCUCUCUCUCUCUCUUUUUUUUUCUUUCUUUCUUCUUCUUUUUUUUUUUAAAUUUCCUUCCUUAUCUUGCUUCAGGCAAACAUUAAGAAUACUCUUGUAGAAAUUGAAUUACGUGCGAGAGACCAAUGAAACUCGUUAUAGUUACAUCUAACUGUGACAUACAUAUAUGUAUGUAUCGUGAUGGAAAAAAAUAUAGAGAAAGAGAAAGAGAGGUGGAAAAACAUGCCCUAUAACGAAUGCAGUUCUAAUUUCAUCAUUUUUGCGCAAGCAACGAAUGUUCGAUGAUAACGAGGCGGCCAAUAUCUACUAGUAACCGAAAGAAUUCAUUUCUUUUUCCUUUUCUCUUCUUUCUUCAUUCUUUUUUUUUUCCAUUUUUCUUUUAUAAAUAGAACUCCCGUUUCACACCAUUGCAGUAUUCAAUUGUUUCGUCAAUUUAUUUUACCAUAGAAUUAUUAUUAUAAUUUAUUCAUUAACACUCAAUUAAAAUAACAUUGAAAUACAUUUGAUUAUUAUAUAUUUACUUUUAUUUAUUAUAUAUAAGA